AAACUUCGAUUGCUCCAAUUGUUGUUAAAUAAAUAAUUAUUUAUGAAUUAACUAGUUUUAGUAGGAAUACGGUUAUAUUGUAGCAGCAUUACAGGAUGGCGACCCUCAUACAGAAGAGUCUUCCGCUGGCCAGAACCAGCACUCCGGCUCUGCAGUUCCUCCGCUACAGGGGCAAGAUCAACAUUCAGCGGCCCAAGGAGCCGCACUACGAGCGAGCCCGCGUCAUCGCAGUCACCCAUUCGAAGUAUCCGGAGUCACCAAAGGCCAAGAGCUGCUUCCGGACUCGUGCGGAGCGCACGCAGCAGCAGCUGGAGAAUCCGUACAACGAGAUCAUCGCACGCGAGGUGCGCAACUGGCUGGACCACUCCCGGCUGGUGGCCAUCUUCCACCUGAACUCGAUCACAGCCGACGGGAUAUUCCGCGUGCGCGUUCAGCUGCACAAGCAGAACCUGCACCUCAAGUCCUACGGCAGCAAGAUCAUUGGCCAGGCGGUGAAGGGCACUCGCUACGAGGCCAUCCUGCCGCUGUUCCACUCCAAUCACUGCAUCGUCUUCUCCCCGGACCAGCAGCGCACUGCCGCCCUGCUGAAAAUCACCCGCAAGGUGCCGCAAAUGGUCCUGCUGGGCGGCAUCGUGGAGCAGACCAUGCUCAGCAGGAACGAGCUGAUGGCCUUUGCCCAGAUGCCCGGCCUGCAGGCGGCGCAGGCACAGCUCGUUCAGACCCUCAACCAGGCAGCCGGCAAUCUAGUCCAGCAACUGCAGGCGCAUCAAAACAGCUUCGUGCAAGUCCUAGAUGUCCACGCCAAAGGCGAAGCGGAGAAGGCGGCGCCGGAGUCAACGGAGGAGUCCGUGUGAAACCAAGUUUGUUAAAUAACAACGAAAAUUGAAAAUGUUA